AUGAAAUGGGUUACAGAAUGGGUGCUCGCCAAUACCCUACCUAAGCCAUUACGAAAUCACAUGGCGCUGUCACUCUCCUCUCUGGUAACAAGUCCGAGAGAAGUGCUUGAACCUGGGAUUCCGCUGGAUCCAAAAGUGUGGGAGAGUCUGGAGUAUGUAGCGAGUCGGGCGUUGAAUUGGGGGCUCGUGGGUGUACCGAUUUUACGGCGGACGCCGUAUGAAGGCCGGAACGAGAAGUAUCUGCAUCUGUCCAUGAAUUAUUCAAGAGCAAUUAUGGCGAGCCCGAUUAUUUCGUUCGUUCAGGAUUUUCUCAAGCCAGUAUUUGGACCCUUGAUUGCUCGUAAGGGAAUCAAGGGCUGUGAAACUUGCAUCGAUGUGCUGGUCCCAUUAUUCAAGGGGAGGAUUGAAAAGUAUCGUAGUAGCUUGGAUGCUCCUGCAAGCUUCCCUUCUCUUUUUACCCUCACGAGAGACCUCAUUAUGAUUCAAGGAUGUUCAAACCCUCCCAAUGCCGCAUAUAUGGAUCCCCAACAACUCGCCCGCAGUAUCGAAGUCCUAAACUUCAAUGCCGUCCCUCCAGCAGGUAUCAGUGUGUCCAACCGUUAG